GCUGCCUCCUGUUGUUUCUGGUUUUGCCUGGGACCCUGGCCUACAAACUUAACGUGCCACAGGUGUUGCUGCCCUUCAGCCGGGAGUCAGGCCGGGAGCCUUUCCUGCUGGAGGCCCAGCGGGGCUGCUACACUUGCCUCGUGAAGUGAGUACUAUGACUCCAUUUCACAGACGAGGAAAGUGAGGCCCAGAGACAAUGAAGCGUAAACUUCUGGGAAUAUGAGGAUUCAUCUUGGGUGGAGAUGAGAUCUGUCUUUAUUAUCAAAAUUGUCCCAUUUAUAAAAGGGUACCCACUUGAAGGAAGAGGACAAGGGGGUACACACAAGUCUGGGAUAAUGACUUUCUGACUGAAGAUGAAGAGACGUGAUUUUCUGGUGUGAGAGGACCCAAUCAUGGGUUAUGUGGUUGCCUAAGGUGUGGGAGAACCUAACUGAAAUGAGCUUCAGGAGGCCAGUGCAUUCAUCCUAAAUGGAGUAGAUAUCCUUUUGCCAUUUCCUAGGAGAAGCAAUGAGGCAUUCCACCCAUCAUGAUGCAGUUACUGUUGAACCUUUAUAUGAAAAUGGCACCUUGUGUUCCCAAAAAGCAGUACUCAUUGCAGAAUCUACCGAACCAAUACGCCUCAGCAGUAUUAUUCUUGCUCGAGAAAUAGUGACUGACCAUGAGCUACGCUGUGAUGUUAAGAUCGAUGUGAUAAAGAGGAUCGAAAUUGUAUCUCGGGCCCGGGAACUUUAUGUAGAUGAUUCACCACUGGAACUGAUGGUGAGGGCAUUGGAUGCUGAAGGAAAUACUUUCAGUAGUUUGGCAGGGAUGAUGUUUGAGUGGAACAUUGCCCAGGACAACGAGUCAGCAAGAGAACUGUCUGGCAAAAUUAGGAUUCUUAAAUACUCUGAAGCAGAAUAUUCUCCCCCAGUGUAUAUAACUAAGAUGGAAAAAGAGGAGAAACGAGGGGAUAUGAUUUUAGUGUCCGGGAUUAGAACUGGUGCUGCUGUUGUAAAAGUUCAAAUUCGUGAACCAUUCUAUAAGAAAGUGGUAGCAGCAUUGAUACGUCUGCUUGUUUUGGAGAAUAUAUUUCUUAUACCAUCCCAUGAUAUUUAUCUCUUAGUAGGAGCAUAUAUUAAAUACCAAGUUGCAAAAAUGGUUCAAGGGAGAAUGACAGAGGUGAAAUUUCCCCUGGAACAUUAUACACUGGAAUUGCAAGACCAUAGAGUUGCAUUUAAUGGUUCUCAUUCUAAGAAAGUGGCUUUACUGGAUGACAAAACAGCCGUGGUGACUGCCUUACAACUGGGCCAGACUAAUCUUGUCUUUGUCCAUAAAAGUGUUCAUAUGCGAUCUGUGUCUGGACUCCCAAAUUGCACAAUAUAUGUUGUAGAGCCUGGAUUUUUAGGUUUCACUGUCCAGCCUGGAAAUCAAUGGAGUCUAGAGGUGGGACAGUUGUAUGUCAUUACUGUAGAAGUCUUUGAUAGAAGCAGCACAAAAGUCUAUAUUUCAGACAAUCUCAGGAUUACACACAACUUUCCUAAGGAGUACUUUGAAGAGCAACUAACUACUGUGAAUGGAUCUUACCACGUAGUAAAAGCCCUGAAAGAUGGUGCUGUGGUAAUAAAUGCAUCCUUGACCUUCAUCAUUUACCAGAAUAAAGAUAUUCCGCCUAAAAAAAUUCUAAUCAAACACCAACAAGAAGUGAAGAUUUAUUUUCCCAUCAUUCUUACACCCAAAUUUCUGGCAUUUCCUCAUCAUCCUAUGGGAAUGUUAUAUCAUUAUAAAGUACAGGUAGAGGGUGGCAGUGGCAACUUUACCUGGACUUCUUCUAAUGAAACAGUGGUCAUGGUAACCAUGAAAGGAAUGGUGACUGCAGGUCAGAUCAGGGGGAACAGUACUGUUUUGGCCCGAGAUGCACAAAAUCCCUUUCGAUAUGGAGAAAUUAAGAUACAUGUCCUGAAACUGAACAAAAUGGAACUGUUACCAUUUCAUGCUGAUGUGGAGAUUGGCCGGAUUAUAGAAAUCCCCAUUGCAAUGUAUCACGUAAAUAAAGAGACGAAAGAAGCCAUGGCAUUCACAGACUGCUCUCAUUUAUCCUUGGAUCUGAACAUGGAUAAACAAGGGGUCUUUACUCUUCUCAAAGGAGGUAUUCAAAGACCUGGACCAAUGCAUUGUUCCAGUAUAUAUAUGGCAGCUAAGUCACUCGGUCAUACUCUGGUAACAGUAAGUGUGAAUGAAUGUGAAGAGUACUUGGAGAGCAGUGCCACGUUUGCUGCUUAUGAACCCCUAAAGGCUCUAAAUCCUGUGGAAGUUGCAUUGGUGACAUGGCACUCUGUGAAGGAAAUGGUAUUUGAAGGGGGUCCUCAUCCAUGGAUCUUGGAGCCCUCCCGAUUUUUUUUUGAAUUGAGCGUGGAGAAGACAGAGAAGAUUGGAAUAGCACAAGUGUGGCUGCCAUCUAAGAGAAAACAGAACCAGUACAUCUACCGGGUCCAAUGCCUGGAUUUAGGGGAACAAGUUCUCACAUUCCAAAUUGGAAAUCACCCGGGUGUCCUGAACCCUAGUCCAGCUGUAGAGGUUUUGCACGUUCGCUUCAUAUGUGCCCACCCUGCUAGUUUGUCAGUAACACCAGUAUACAAGGUGCCAGCUGGUGCCCAGCCAUGUCCUCUGCCACAGCACAACAAACAACUGAUUCCUGUAUCAAGCCUGAGGGACACAGUCCUGGAACUAGCAGUGUUUGAUCAACAUAGGAGAAAGUUUGAUAAUUUCAGUUCAUUAAUGCUAGAAUGGAAAUCCUCUAAUGAAACACUAGCCCAUUUUGAAGAUUAUAAAUCAGUGGAAAUGGUAGCAAAAGAUGAUGGCAGUGGGCAGACCCGGUUACAUGGUCAUCAGAUUCUUAAAGUACAUCAGAUAAAAGGGACUGUACUCAUUGAAGUCCAUUUUGUGGGCUACUUAGAGAAGAAAAGCGCAAAAGAAGUUUCCAACUUGUCCAUAUCUACAACUGUGGAGCUGCUCCUGGUAGAUGAUGUAACUGUAGUGCCUGAGAAUGCCACCAUCUAUAACCACCCUGAUGUGAAGGAAAUAUUUACCCUUGUGGAAGGAUCUGGUUAUUUUUUAGUAAACAGCAGUGAGCAGGAUGUUGUCACCAUCAUUUACAUGGAAGCAGAAAGCUCUGUUGAGUUAGUUCCAUUACAUCCUGGAUUUCUUGUCUUGGAGGUGUAUGAUCUUUGUUUGGCUUUCUUGGGUCCAGCAACAGCCCAUCUCAUGGUGUCAGACAUACAAGAGCUGGAGCUUGAUCUGAUUGAUAAGGUUGAGAUAGGCAAAACUGUGUUAGUGACUGUGAGGGUUCUUGGCUCUUCCAAACGCCCGUUCCUAAAUAAAUACUUCAGAAACAUGGAGCUCAAACUGCAAUUGGCUUCUGCCAUUGUCACCCUGACGCUAAUGGAGGAACAAGACAAAUACUCUGAAAAUUAUAUCCUUCGAGCUAUCAUUGUUGGGCAAACCACACUUGUGGCAAUUGCCAGGGACAAGAUGGGAAGAAAAUACAUAUCAGCUCCUCAGCACAUUGAAGUGUUUCCUCCAUUCAGACUUCUUCCAGAGAAAAUGACACUGAUUCCAACAAAUAUGAUGCAGGUAAUGUCUGAAGGUGGUCCCCAGCCCCAAUCCAUCAUUCAUUUCUCCAUCAGUAAUCAGACUGUGGCUGCUGUUAAUAGGAGGGGGCAAGUUACAGGGAAGACGGUUGGCACAGCUGUGGUUCAUGGCACCAUGCAGACAGUAAAUGAAGAUACUGGCAAAGUCAUUGUGUUUUCCCAGGAUGAAGUACAGAUUGAAGUUGUUCAGCUAAGGGCUGUUAGGAUCCUUGCAGCUGCAACUCGGCUCAUCACAGCUACCAAGAUGCCAGUUUAUGUCAUGGGAGUUACCAGUACCCAGACCCCUUUCUCCUUCAGCAAUGCUAAUCCUGGGCUCACAUUCCACUGGUCUAUGAGCAAAAGAGAUGUAUUGGAUCUAGUGCCCAGGCAUUCAGAGGUUUCUCUACAGCUCCCAGUAGAGCAUAACUUUGCCAUGGUUGUCCACACAAAAGCAGCAGGCCAGACCAGUAUCAAGGUCACUGCUCACUGCAUGAACGGUGCCUCUGGGCAGUUUGAGGGGAAUUUGUUGGAACUCUCUGAUGAAGUACAGAUCCUGGUGUUUGAAAAACUCCAACUUUUCUAUCCAGAGUACCAACCUGAGCAGAUUCUGAUGCCUAUAAAUUCUCAGCUCAAACUCCAUACCAACAGGGAAGGAGCUGCCUUCGUGAGUUCUCGUGUUCUCAAGUGUUUGCCUAAUUCAUCUGUCAUUGAGGAGGAUGGCGAAGGGCUCCUGAAAGCUGGUUCCAUUGCAGGUACUGCUGUAUUGGAAGUCACUUCUAUAGAACCUUUUGGAGUCAACCAAACAACCAUAACUGGGGUCCAGGUAGCACCGGUGACAUACCUGCGAGUGAGCAGCCAACCCAAGCUAUACACGGCCCAAGGAAGGAUCCUGUCAGCGUUUCCCUUGGGCAUGUCUCUAACCUUCACUGUUCAGUUUUAUAAUAGCAUUGGAGAGAAAUUCCACACACACAAUACCCAGCUUUAUCUGGCUCUGAACAGAGAUGACUUGCUGCUUAUUGGACCAGGGAAUAAGAACUAUACUUACAUGGCCCAAGCUGUGAACAGAGGGCUGACACUUGUAAGGAUUUGCGACCAGAGACAUCCAGGUAUGGCAGAUUAUAUUCCUGUUGCUGUAGAGCAUGCCAUUGAGCCAGACACCAAGCUUACCUUUGUUGGAGAUGUCAUAUGCUUCCGUACUCACCUUGUCAGCCAGCACGGUGAACCUGGGAUGUGGAUGAUUUCUGCCGACAAUAUUCUGCAGACAGACAUUAUCACUGGAGUAGGAGUGGCCAGGAGUCCGGGGACUGCAAUGAUUUUUCAUGACAUCCCAGGAAUAGUGAAAACAUAUCGAGAGGUGGUGGUUAAUGCAUCAUCAAGAUUAAUGCUUAAUUAUGACCUCAACACUUAUCUCACCAAUACCCUCAAUUCAACUGUAUUCAAGCUUUUCAUCACCACUGGCAGAAAUGGUGUCAGUCUUAAAGGAUCCUGUACCCCAAACCAGGCCUUGGCUAUUACAAAAGUACUUCUUCCAGCGACCCUCAUGCUGUGCCAUGUACAGUUCAGUAAUACUUUGCUAGAUAUUCCAGCAAGUAAAGUCUUCCAUGUCCAUUCUGAUUUUAGUAUGGAGAAAGGGGUUUAUGUCUGCAUAAUCAAGGUUCAACCGCAGUCAGAGGAGCUGCUACGGGCCCUCAGUGUGGCUGACACCUCAGUCUAUGGGUGGGCUACACUGGUCAGUGAACGUAACAAGAAUGGAAUGCAACGAAUCCUCAUUCCUUUCAUCCCAGCCUUUUAUAUUAACCAGUCAGAACUGGUUCUUAGCCACAAACAAGAUAUCGGGCAGAUAAGAGUACUGGGAGUGGACAGAGUUCUUGGGAAGCUAGAGGUUGUCUCCAGCUCCCCAGUUCUAGAGGUUGCUGGCCAUAUCCACUCUCCCCUCACUCCUGGCCUGGCCAUCUACCCUGUUAGAGUGGUCAACUUCACUUCCUUCCAGCAGAUGGCAUCACCUGUUUUCAUCAAUAUUUCCUGUGUACUCACCAGUCAAAAUGAGGCAGUGGUAGUGAGGGCUAUGAAAGAUCAUUGUGAAGAUUCAGGCAUCCUCAAGAGGUUCAGUGGUUUUUACCAGAUCCUGCUCUUGACCCUCUUUGCAGUACUGUCAUCAACAGCUUUCAUCUUUCUAGCAUACAACGCCUUCCUAAACAAGAUUCAAACAGUUCCAGUUGUGUAUGUACCAACUCUAGGAACACCACAGCCAGGUUCUCUUAACACAAGUUCUCCCUCUCCCUUCAUGAGUCCACAGCCUCCACCAGCCCAAAGUCGGCUGCAACAUUGGUUAUGGAGUAUAAGGAAGUAACCUCUAUUGGACAAAUUCCUUUUAACUGUAGGGGAAUGAAGAUUUCUAGUCCUAAACAAAAAGCCUAACAGCAACUUCUACACUGUUUCCAGAAAAGCCUUCUACGAACUAUAAAGGACCCUAAGCUGUUUCUUUAAACUGGUGUGUUGGAUUGUGUUGCAAAGAGUAUGUCAGCUCUUAAUUCUAAAAAAAACUUGGUUAAAAAAAGAUACAGCUUCCCCCUCCCCUUAAAAAAAAAAAUACAUGGUCAGGCGAGGUGGCUCAUGCCUUUAACACCAGCACUUUGGGAGGCUGAAAUGGGGGGAUCGCCUAAGGUCAGGAGUUUAAGACCAGCUUGGCCAAUAUGGUGAAACCGUGUCUCUACUAAAAAUACAGAAAGUAGCUGGGUGUGGUGGCAUGUACACCUGUAGAGCCAGCUACUUCGGAGGCUAAGGCAGGAGAAUCACUUGAACCCGAGAGGCAGAGGUUGCAGUGAGCCAAGAUUGAGCCACUCCAGCCUGGGCAACAAAGACUCUGCCUCAAACCACACACACGACCAGGCACAGUGGCUCAUGCCUAUAAUCUCAGCACUUUGGAAGGCCAAGGCACGUUAUCACCUGAGGUCAGUUCAAAGACCAGUUUAAAAAAACCAGGCCGGACAAGGUGGCUCUUGCCUAUAAUCCCAGCACUUUGGGAGGCCGAGGCAGCCACAUCACGAGGUCAAGAGAUAGAGACCAUCCUGGCCAACAUGGUGAAAACCCAUCUCUACUAAAAUACAAAAAAUAGCUGGGCAUGGUGGCAUGUGCCUGCAGUCCCAGCUACUCCGGAGGCUGAGGCAGAAUUGCUUGACCAGGGAGGUAGAGGUUGCGGUGCCAGGCGAGAGAGGGAGACUGUCUCAACAAAAUUUUUUUACCCAAUGAGCCUAGGUGGUUUAAAACGCCCCCAAACGGAUUUUUAAAGUAAUUGGCCACUUACUUGCCCAAACUGACUCUAAUCUUCUCUUUCCGGUUGCCCUGAAUACUUGAGACAGGAUCCUAACAGUUAAACAAGACAAUAAACAGGAUUUAUCCAAAAUGUGUUUAUUAAGAUAGUUUCCCACUCAUCUUGAUUCAGAGUGCUUUUAGUGCUGCUUCCUCCUGAAAGAACAUCCUGGAGGAAAAAGGUUCAGAGAUUAGCUGAUGACAGCCCAGGUAUUCUGCCCACCUCCCCCACGAAACAAGCAGAUGCCAGGAGAUCCACCCACAGAAAGCUACAUCUUUAUUUUUCUGAAGUUUUAGCUACAGAAUCAUUUAUAUCAUUUGGGUCACUUCAUAUCAACUUGAGCCCUUUUACUGCCCAUUGACCCCAGCUUUAGACAGUAGUGCUUUGAGAUUAGUAUAUAGUUUUUGGUAGUAUCUACUUAAAGAAAAAAACCAUCAAAGCCAACACUUCUUGUCUGAAAGUUUACAUUAUACAUAAUCUUUGUCACUCUAAGAUUGAAAAAUCCAAAGGAAAAAAAAAAAAAAAACGAAAA